AUGGCCUUUGUCCUGGCACGGAAGAAGACGUCGAGGCUGGAGUUUGAAGUUACCUGGCCCACGCUUGAGACAAGCAGAGACAGACAGCAGAAGAAGAAAAAGAAGAAGAAGAUGAUGAUGAUGAUGAUCGUGAUGGUGAAGAGGAUAGAAGAAGAGAAGCAGAAGAAGGAGAUGGAUGAAGGCAAAGGAGAAGGGAAGAGGUGUCAUGCCUGGAGCCAGCCAUGCUACCUACGCUCGCACAUCCCUAUUGCCGAGACGAGACGACAGCCAGAGACACCCAGGACAGACAGGCGAAGACAGGAAGAGACAGACGGACGGACAGACAGCCCUCGAUGGGAUAGGGCAGAGCACAACGCCAGGGAUGCAUCUGAAAAAAAGAAACGAGACGAAGUUUGCUCCCUCGUACUAUGUGCGCCUCCUGCUCGAUGGUAUCCUCGGAGGCUUGCCAGGCCCUCUCCAUGCUCCUCUUCGCAGUGUUGGACAGACGCUGGAUCGGCUCUAUAA